AUGAAGCUCGACCCUAAUCUCCUUCGCUAUUUGACGAAAGUUGAAUGGAGGGUUUUGGAAGCCGUCGAAAUGGGAAUGAAGAACCACGAGUUGGUCCCGACGACAUUGAUUGAACGUAUAGCGAAUUUACGAAGGACGGGAGUGCGGACGGUUUUGGGAAACCUAUUAAAGCACAAGCUUCUUGCUCAUGAUGGUCAAGCUUACGACGGCUAUAAAUUGACGUAUUUGGGAUACGAUUUCCUGGCACUCCGAACUUUUGUCGCGCGGGGCCAUUUAGUUGGAGUGGGGAUGAGAAUGGGAGUCGGAAAGGAGUCAGACAUUCAUAUUUGUGAAGGGGCUGACGGAAGAAUCGUCAUCUUGAAACUUCAUCGCCUGGGGCGGGUUUCAUUCAGAGCAGUUAAACGGCAACGGGAUUAUCUGGGACAUCGACAAAGUGCAAGUUGGAUGUAUUUGGCUCGUUUGGCAGCAGCAAAGGAGUUCGCGUACAUGAAGGCGUUGCAUGAACAUGACUUUCCAGUUCCUGAACCCAUUGAUGUCAACCGGCACGCAAUAUUGAUGGAAUAUAUUGACGCGUUUCCGUUUUCUCAAGUGCGUGAGCUACAACAUCCAAAGCAAGUUUUAGAGACAUUAAUGGGAUUAGUGGUGAAAAUGGCUGAAUGUGGUUUAAUUCAUGGAGAUUUUAAUGAAUUCAAUUUGAUGAUUUCCGAUGAAGAGAAGAUUACAAUGAUAGAUUUCCCUCAAAUAGUGAGUGCUCAUCAUCCGAAUGCUGACACUUAUUUUGCGAGAGAUGUCGAAUGCGUUCGAUCUCUCUUCAAAUCAAAAUUUGGAUUAGAGGUCACAAAAUAUCCCAAGUAA